GCAAGAGACUCAAGCCAGGAGAGCGACCAGUAGGGGGCAACAGCUAUGGCAUCAAACAUCUUAGUGAACAUCCAGGGGGAGGUGACCUGCCCCAUCUGCCUGGACCUCUUGAAAGAGCCCCUAAGCCUAGACUGUGGCCACAGCUUCUGCCGAGCCUGCAUCACUGCAAACAACAAGUUGUCCGCAGCAACCCGGAAAGCGAAGAGGAGCUGCCCUGUGUGCAGAAUCAGUUACAAGCCUGGGCACCUGCGGCCUAAUCGGCAUCUGGCCAACAUAGCGGAGCAGCUCAGAGGAGUCAAGUUGAACCCAGAGGGGGAGCAGAAGAAAGAGCUCUGUGUGCGCCAUGGAGAGAAACUCCUGCUCUUCUGUAAGCAGGAUGGGCAAGUCAUUUGCUGGCUUUGUGAGUGGUCUCAGGAGCACCAUGGUCACCAGACAUGCCUCAUUGAGGAGAUUGUCCAGGAGAAGAAGGAGAAGCUCCAGGGCGCCCUGAAGCAGAUGAGGGAAAAGCUGCAGGAAGCUGGAUAUUGGGAAGCUCAAGUCAAAGAAAGGAGAACUUCCUUGAAGAGUCAAAUACAAAGUGAGAGACAAGGUGUCCAGGCAGAGUUUGCAGAACUGAGAGGUCUCGUGGACUCAGCGGAGCAGACGGAGCUGCAAAAACUGAAUAAGGAAGAAGAAGUCAUUCUCCAUAAACUGGCAGAGGAUGAGACUGAGCUCAUUCAGCAGAGCCAGUUGAUAGACAUUCUCAUCUCAGAUCUGAAGCAUCGAUUGGAAGCGUCAGACAUAGACAUGCUGCAGGAUAUGACUGACAUCAUACAAAGGGAUCUGUGAACAGGAGACACAAUCCAGGAUAGCGAGCAGCAG